GACAUGCGCGUUCAAUAUUAUAUUUGAGCGCCAGUUUGAAAUGAAAACAGAUCAAUGAUUUAAAAACAACAUUUACAACUUUUGACAAUGCAUAUUAAAUCUAUGGUCGUAGACGGCUUUAAGUCGUAUGCUCAAAGAACAGAAAUCAACGGAUUUGAUCCCCUUUUUAACGCUAUAACAGGAUUAAAUGGCAGUGGAAAAUCAAAUAUUCUGGAUUCAAUUUGCUUUUUGCUAGGAAUCACAAACCUUUCUCAUGUUAGAGCAACAAACCUACAGGAACUUGUAUACAAAAAUGGUCAAGCUGGUGUCACUAAAGCCACUGUCAGUAUUACAUUUGACAACAUGGAUAAAAAGCAGAGUCCAUUGGGAUACGAACAGUAUGAUGAAAUAACCAUUACUAGACAGGUGGUUAUUGGAGGGAGGAACAAAUACCUAAUCAAUGGUAGUAAUGCUAACAACACCAGAGUACAGGAUCUGUUCAGAUCUGUCCAACUUAAUGUAAACAAUCCACACUUCCUCAUCAUGCAGGGCAGGAUCACUAAAGUACUCAACAUGAAGCCUCCAGAGAUAUUGUCAAUGAUAGAAGAGGCUGCAGGAACCAGAUUAUAUGAAAGUAAAAAAGAAGCUGCACAAAAAACAAUAGAAAAGAAAGAUGCUAAACUUCGUGAGAUUGAUUCAGUUGUUAAAGAAGAUAUCACACCAACAAUGACCAAAUUAAAAGAAGAGAGGUCAUCCUAUCUAGAAUAUCAGAAAAUUAUCAGAGAACUGGAACAUCUUAACAAGUUAUAUAUAGCCUUCCAGUAUGUGUGUGCUGAGGAAAGAAAAAAGAAAUCAGCUGACGAUUUAUUAGAGAUGCAGGAAUCAAUAGAGAAUACUAAAGUUAAAAUGGUCGAGAUGAAUGACAAAAUAAAGGAAAUAGGCCAGGUACUAACACAGCUGGAGAAGAAACGAGACGAAGAAUCAGGAAGUGUAUUACAGAAGUUAGAACAUAAUCUAAGUGAGAAACAGAAAGUAGAGGCUCUCGCUCAAAGUGCCGUCGAUAAUAAAAAGGAAGGACUUAAAGCAGAACAGAAAAAAAGGAAAGAUCUGGUUAAACAGUCAGAUAAUGAUAAGAAAACUUUACAGUCUAAACAAAAAGAAAUUGACAAAGUGGCCAAAGAUUUGGAAAAGCUACAAGCGCAGAGUAAUGAAGACCAAGAGGCCUACACUGCAGCUCAAAACAGAUUCCAGGCUGUCAGUGCCGGUCUGUCUAGUAAUACAGAUGGAGAGGAUGCCACACUGAAUGAUCAGUUAUUAACUGCCAAGAAUGACAUUAGUAAAGCUCAGACAGAAACAAAACAGGCUCAGAUGAGAUUAAAGCAUGCUAGAGAUGAAGUAAAGAAGAAACAAGCAGAAGUAAAGAAAACAGAACAAGGCUACAAGAAAGAUACUGCUGCUUAUGAUGCUAUCAAGAAAAACAUGCAAAACUUAGAGAAUGAAAUGAAGAAAUUGGGUUUUGAAGAAGGAAUAGAUGAAAAGCUAGCUGGAGAAAGAAGAACAUUGUCACAAGAAGUUCAUAGACUAAAAGAACAACUAGAUACUUUAGAGGCCAGAUUUCCCCAUUUACAAUUUGACUACAAAGAUCCUGAGAAGAAUUUUGAUAGAAGAAAAGUUCAUGGUUUAGUUUGUAAACUUAUAAAAGUUAAAGAUGUGAAAACUGCUACAGCAUUGGAAGUUGCUGCUGGUGGAAAGUUAUACAAUGUAGUUGUGGAUACUGAAGUUACUGGUAAAAAACUGCUGCAGAAAGGUGAACUGAGGAGACGAUACACAAUCAUACCUCUCAAUAAAAUAUCUGCCAGAUGUAUAGAUCAAGGAGUCGUCAGGAAGGCAGAGGAUCUAGUUGGUAAAGGUAAUGUCCACACAGCAUUGUCCUUGAUUGGUUUUGAGAAAGAUCUCCAGGCGGCAAUGGAGUUUGUGUUUGGUUCUGCAUUCAUCUGUAAUGACAUGAACACUGCCAAGAAAGUGACAUUUGAUGAGAGAAUCAUGAAGAAAUCUGUCACAUUGGAAGGAGAUUCCUUUGAUCCUGCUGGAACACUAACAGGAGGUGCCAGAGCUCAGACUGGUUCCAUUCUGCAGAAACUUCAACAGUUUCAAGAAACAGAAACACUAUUGAGAGAGAAAUCAGAGAAAUUACAACACAUAGAAAACCAACUGGCUUCAAUAAAGAAAACUGCUGAUAGAUACACAACUAUAAAACAACAAUAUGAUUUGAAAGUGAAUGAAUCAGAAUUAUUAAAGGCCCGACUGGAACAGAGUUCACAUCAUCAACAGCUAGAGGAAAUCAAUUCACUGCAAGCUUCCAUAGUUGAACAAGAAGAAAUAACAAAGAAUGCAGAAGAAGUACAAAAGAAAGCUUCACAGAAAGUAAAAGAUCUGGAAGAUAAAAUAAAGAAUGCUAAAGCGAUCAGAGAGAAAGAAUUGAAGGAGGCUGAGACCAAUGUGGGGAAAUCUAAGAAGAAGAUGGAAGAAUCAAGCAAGAAAAUGAAAGAAAAAUACCAGGAAACAGAUAGCAUCAAAUUAGAAGUAGAGGAACUGGAAAAAGAUAUAAAAAAUUAUGAAGAACAAUUAAAAACAGUGGACGAAACCAUUAAACAGUUUGAGGAACAGAUUGAUGAUCUUGCCUCAAAGAUGAAGGAAACAAAGGAUGAUGUGAAAGAGGCUCAAUCUGAGGUGACCAAACAGAAGGAACUUCUUAAGGCUUGUAAUAAAGAUAUCAACAAAAAGGUGGACGAACAAAAACAUCUAACAAAGGAACUACACACGUCUGAACUGAAGAUACAGGAAAUGGAACAUAAAAUAGCCAAAUACCAAACAGAUUCUAAAACGGCUGCAAAACAGGUUGAUAGUUUAUUACAAAACUAUGAUUGGAUAGCUGAUGAGAAAAAAUACUUUGGACAGCAAAACACAGCUUAUGAUUUUAAAGCAAAUGAUCCUAAGGAGGCAGAACGAAGAAUUCAGAAACUUACAGAUACAAAAGAGAAAUUGUCUAAAAGUGUCAACAUGAGAGCUAUGAACAUGUUAGGCAAGGCUGAGGAACAGUAUGCAGAUUUAAUGAAGAAAAGAAAGAUUGUACUGAAUGAUAAAGCUAAAAUAGCUGCUGUUAUUGCUGAACUUGAUCAGAAAAAGAAUGAGGCUUUGAAGAAGGCUUGGGAACAAGUUAAUAAGGAUUUUAGUUCAAUUUUCUCUACAUUGCUGCCUGGUGCCAGAGCCAAGUUAUCUCCCCCUGAAGGUCAAUCUGUAUUAGAUGGGUUAGAGGUCAAAGUUGGAUUUGGUGAUGUGUGGAAAGAAUCUCUCAGUGAAUUGAGUGGUGGACAGAGAUCACUGAUAGCCUUGUCCCUGAUUUUAGCCAUGUUGUUAUUCAAACCAGCACCAUUAUAUAUCCUGGAUGAAGUUGAUGCUGCUUUAGACAUAUCACAUACACAGAACAUUGGGCAGAUGAUCAAAUCUCAUUUUAAACAUUCACAGUUCAUUGUCGUCUCAUUGAAGGAUGGUAUGUUUAAUAACGCCAACGUUUUAUACAAGACCAGGUUUGUAGAUGGUGUCUCCACGGUAACCAGAUAUGUUCAGCACCACAAAUCAACAUCAUCCUCAGCCAAUAAAGAAAAUGAUUCAACAACAGCCAAGAAGAAGCAGUCUGCAAAACGAGCCAGAAUUGAAGAGAUAGCAACAUAGAGAAAUAUUGUGUUGUAACAUGAUGAACAUACCACAGAAUGUCUUCCCUGCCUUUACUCCACAUGUGUAUAUAUACAGUAGUUAUACAUCUUGGUUCUACUUCAUUCUUUCCUUUCACAAAACCUCUUAUCUGUAAAUCUUUUCAUGUGUAGACGGAUCCUAACUAGUGGUAUUCCUUCCCAGACACAACGUCCUCUGAAUAUGAAAACUAAAAAAUACUUGAAAUUGCUUAGAAGGGUUUUGAAUCAAGAUAGUUUUAAAAUAUGUUAGAAUUUUACUAAUACUGCAUACCCAACAUUACAGGACAUGCUGUAGAGUAUUUAGAUUAAGAGGUGUAGACAUAGUAAUUAUAGGAUUUUUGUCUUGUUUUAAAUGUUUGUAAAAAGCUUGUCUUGUUUUAAGCAUAUUUAUCUAUGUUAAUGUAUUUAAUUAUUGUAUAAAAUGGUUUUAAUUUCUGAUAAGAAAUUAAGCAGCCCUGUUUUAGCAGCUAAUUAUAAUGGAUAGUACUGUUU